AUGCGGUCGCCAAUUAAGUGUUUAUACUUGUAUUUUAUCCUUGGCAUUUUCCUAUUUAAUCUUUAUUUGCUUUCACGAUUUUUCGGUGAACAAGAAAAGUUCAAACAUGACCCAUUUGAUCAACAACAACAUUUUCGGUUAUUUUAUGAUGUUAAUUUUGUGAAAAAUUCAAAUGAAUUUCUUGUACUUGAUUGGACAGGAAAGCAACAUAUAUUUAGAGAAAACGAUACUAUUAAAUGUGAUUUUUCUCAUGUUGAUCUUAAGUUUUGUCAAUCAAAGUUCGAUUCCAUCAUAAAUAGUACUCUUCGCUCGAAUUUGAUCGAACGAUGUAACCGUCUAGCAAAACUUACUGUUCGCUGGACAAAUGAACAGUCUCUUUUAAAACAAGCUGAUCUUAUUGCGUUUCAUUCUAUUCACAUACGAGUGAAUAAUUUACCAGAAUUAACUCGUAAUGAUGAACAACAACAAUUUUCUACUGUUUAUAUACUCGAAAGUGAAGUUCAUUCAUUGAAUAGUGACCAUUGGCAUCGAUUUGAUUUUCCAAUGUGGUAUAAUCUUGAACGUUCCUAUCCUGAACCGGCUACUUAUUUCGAUGUUAAACUAUAUCUUGAUCAAUUAUUUGCGCCCAUACGAGUACCAUUCUCAAGAAAGACAACAACGGCUCCCAUAGCUUGGUUGAUAUCAAAUUGCAAUGCUUACAACGGCCGUAGUGCAUUUGUUAAAGAACUCAUGUCUUAUAUUCGCGUUGAUUCAUAUGGUCACUGUCUAAAUAAUAUUAAAUCUAAAACUGUAACAACACGCAGAGAAUCCAAUUCUGUCUUGUAUUCAUCAUAUAAAUUUGUUCUUGCUAUUGAAAAUUCCAAUUGUGAAGAUUAUGUUACGGAAAAAUUAAUUGAUGCGAUAGGAUCAACAUCGAUACCAAUUGUUGCUAGUCGUAGUGGAAAACCGGAUUAUACACGUUUUGCACCGAAACAUUCUUAUAUUAAUGUUUAUGAUUUUAAAUCAGUAAAAGAUUUAGCUAAUCAUUUAAAUCAUUUAUCGACGAAUCAAACUGCCUAUGAUGAAUAUCUUUGGUUUCGACGACUACCAAUUAAUAAAUAUGCGACAUCCGGUUUUAUCGCACGAUCCUUAAAUGAAAAUCUUCGUUUGGCAGAUCAAAUUCUAGGCAAAAGGGCAACGAUGCGUAAAUGGUUGUUAAACAAAGAAACUAGUGUCAAUAAAUAUUGUAAGUUAGCACAAUUUAUUCAUACAAAUCAUUGGGAAUCAAUAUAUAAUCGAAAGAAAAGCAACCGUCCAACAGCCGAUGAAGUUUGUUUACCUACAAAUGAUCUAGUGUCUUAUUUUCACUCAUAA